AUGAAGAUUGAGGAAGUGCAGUCGACGGCCAAGGCGCAGCGCAUUGCGUCGCACACGCAUGUCAAAGGUCUUGGGAUAGAGGCAGAUGGUACAGCCCUGCCCAUUGGCUCGGGACUUGUAGGUCAAGAGAAAGCGCGGGAAGCAGCAGGACUCACUGUCGAGCUGAUCAAGUCCAAAAAGAUGGCGGGGCGGGCUUUGCUGCUUGCUGGGGCUCCUGGCACAGGGAAAACGGCGCUCGCGCUAGGCAUUUCGCAAGAAUUGGGACCCAAAGUACCGUUUUGUCCGAUGGUGGGAUCGGAAGUUUACUCGUCCGAAGUGAAGAAGACGGAGGUGUUGAUGGAGAACUUUCGUCGUGCAAUCGGGCUUCGGAUCAAGGAAAGUAAAGAGGUUUACGAGGGAGAAGUGACCGAGAUGACACCGGAAGAGACGGAGAAUCCGCUUGGUGGGUAUGGAAAGACCAUCUCGCACGUGAUUGUGGGUCUUAAGACCACGAAAGGCUCCAAGCAGCUGAGACUCGACCCAAGUAUUUACGAAUCACUACAGAAGGAGAAAGUAGCUGUGGGAGACGUCAUUUAUAUUGAAGCUAACAAUGGAAGCGUUAAGCGUGUUGGUCGCUCAGAUGCCUAUGCCACCGAGUACGAUCUGGAAGCAGAAGAGUAUGUGCCGAUCCCUAAGGGUGACGUCCAUAAGAAGAAAGAGCUGAUUCAGGACGUGACGCUCCAUGAUCUGGAUAUCGCCAAUGCGCGUCCGCAGGGUGGCCAAGAUAUCAUGUCCAUGAUGGGCCAAAUGAUGAAGCCCAAGAAGACGGAGAUUACUGAGAAGUUGCGGACGGAAAUCAACAAAGUCGUUAACAGGUACAUUGACCAAGGUGUAGCGGAACUCGUACCGGGUGUACUGUUUGUGGAUGAGGUUCACAUGCUGGAUAUUGAGUGUUUUACGUACUUGAAUCGUGCGCUUGAGUCGACAUUGGCCCCGAUCGUAGUUUUUGCUACGAAUCGUGGUGUUUGCCAGAUCCGUGGUACUGACGUUUCGUCUCCUCACGGUGUUCCGCUUGAUCUGCUGGACCGUAUGCUCAUAAUACGUACGAUGCCCUACUCUGUGGAAGAGAUGGUGCAGAUCAUCAAGAUCCGUGCUGAAGCUGAGAGUAUAAAGCUUACGGAGGACGCCAUUUCGCGACUGGGCGAGAUCGGCUCGGAGACAUCGCUUCGGUACAGUGUUCAGCUUCUCACGCCUUCACGGAUCCUUGCCGAGACUCAAGGCCGUUCCGAGGUGUCGGUGGAUGACAUUGAGGAGACUAAAAAUCUGUUUAAUGACGCUAAGCGGUCGGCGCUCGCUCUUGCGCAGUCUGAAGGGUAUCUUAUGUAG